AUGAUUCAGUAUUUACGCUCAGAUGUGACCCAUCUAUCAGCUGAAGAUAUUCAAGAUAUUAUUAAAGCUAAAAAUUCAAUGAAACGGGCAUCAGAAGUUAUGGCUAACAAAUAUAAAAUAUUAACACGGUGGGUAUAUCAAAUUUGGAGAGAUGCUUACCCACCAAUAGACCCUAAAGACAUAAAAUCAUUAUCAGAAGAACCUGGUUCGACUCAUAAGAUAAAAAAGACCGGAGGAAAGAAACCUAAGUCCAAGUCUAUUCACAUAUCUAAUACUAAGGAUUUAUGUGAAAAUGAAAAUGGAAUACCAGGGGCAAAAAAAGAAAUUAUUUCGUCUACUGAAUUCUCUGAAGAUGUCUUGGAUUUAUAUAAGAAAACUGAUAAUACUUUAGAAGGAAUUAAAGCAAGAGGUCGUCCUCUUAUUACCAAAUAG